CGUGACCAUGUGUGCCGUAAACAACAAUGGAGGAAAACGAAAGUAAACACAUGUUCCUUGCCACAGAAUUUCGGACAAAAUUACUCACUGAUGUCCAAAAUUGCUUGAAGUCUCGAAAUAUUGCAUGCGACAAAAUUUGUGUAGUUAAAAGAGUUCGAGAUCUUCACGACGGAGACUAUUGUGUGCCCAAAGGUUGCUUACCUAAAGUCACAAAUGAGAUCUUGGAAGAAAUUUGUGAAGAAUUGAAAGAAUCCAAUACAAAUCAUCAUCUUAAAUUAUGCAAAGUGACAACUUCCAAACACUUUGGCCUGACCUUCUAUCUCGAGAGGCCACUGACAUUUAAAUCUACACUGGUGCCCUUUUGGGAGAAUGGAAUUUCUCUGUCAUCUUUUUGUGAUGUUGGAAAUGGUGCACAUGUAUUGGUGGCUUCCUCAGACUGGCACAGCAGGAGCAGUGGAGAUCUGGAAGACUUAAGAUCCAUUGUAGUUUUGGAACAUGUGACUCAUCUCUUAAAGGGAGCAGGGUAUUGUGUUGAAGCUGUAAGAUGUUGUCAGCAAAAAAAAUCUUCACCAGAUUUACUAGACAUAACAAUUCCUAGCAUAGCCUUAACAGGUCAGAUGUCAGUAGACUGUAAAGAUUUAGUAAAAACUCUUGUCGUAAAUAACAGUUACUGUAAAGGAAGUCACCAAUCCUUUGGCCGUUGUGACAGUGAUGUUCCUUGUAAACAUGUCAAGUUGGGGAAAGACAGCUCUGUGUGUGCUGCAAGUGAUUCUGUAAGCAAACCUUGUGGAAUGGAUAAAGAAACAGGGCAGCAACAGACCAAGGUUAUACUCAAUCUUCAACGAUUUGUUGAGGAUAAGCAACUUCCUGUUGGUAAAGAUGGCUAUGAUAAGAACCUGAAAUUCUCAGAAUUAUAUUGUGGAGAAGAUACGAUAUCAGAGACACUAAAGGAAGCUUAUCUCCUACAUGAAGCCAUUGGCAAGUUACAGAAGCACGGGACAAGUACUGUUGUCCAUAUAGUACCGGACAGUGCCUACUUUUCCCAACAGCGAGUAGACCUCACCACCAGGACCAUCUGGCCAGAGGAACACUCUCACAAACAGGUUUACCUUGUCCAUGGCCCAGUCAAAGCCAGGAGACAGACACAGGCUAAUGUUAAAACUGCCACAGACUUUGUACAGUUGAGAUUUUCUCAGAUGAAAUCUGCUGCAGUAAUGAAAUAUGGAGAGGAAGUCAAUGGCCCUGGAUGGCAGUCCACGAUUUCCGUUCUCACAUCGGCUGGGAUCAAGUUUGAAAUGCUCUCCACUGUCAGCAGAAGUACUGUGAAGCUGGAUCUGUCCGAGGGGGAGAGUGGAGCUGGUAGUGACACUCGGACGGGCUCUUUUGUCAUGUAUAAUUGUGCAAGACUUACCACGCUUUUCAAACACUUUGAAGAAUCUGUGGGAAAAGGUCAGUACCCUCCGCUUCCGAAUAUUGCUGAUGUGGAUUUCAGUCUUCUCAGAGACGAGGAUGAGUGGUCGUUGUUCUUCCUAUAUAUAUUUCCCUACCCUGACCUGAUCAGAGAGACGGUUGAAGAAUUAGUGCCAAAAGCUGGCGGUAUCUCAGCUAAGAUACACACUCACAAGAUUUGUAACUUACUCAUCAGCUUCAGCCACAGCCUGAGUUCAUACUACAGUAGGAUUCACAUCUUAGGGGAGAACCGCCCACACUUGCUGCCCUUGAUGUACGCUCGUCUGUACUUCAUGAAGAUAGUGUACAAGGUACUGAGCCAUGCCCUCCGACUCCUUGGUGUAGAGCCCAUGUCUCAACUGUGAACAUUCAUUACGUUCAAAAAAGAUAUUAAACAUUUA